AUGUAUCCACAAAAGCCAACAGAUGGCGGUGACUGGGGACCCAGUGCGCCAAAGGCCCCUGAAGGUUCAACAGCAGCUAACCUUGGUGGUGGAUCGGCAACAGCACCAUCGGCUCCUCCUGCUCGUAAACCCUCGUGUAGGGCAUUGUACGACUUCGAGGCGCAGAACGACGGUGAAUUAGAGUUCAAAGAAGGCGACGUUAUCGAACUGAUCUCACAGAUUGACGAGAAUUGGUACGAAGGUUCAUUACGCGGUAAAACUGGUUACUUCCCGAUCUCGUACGUCCAUGUGCUUGUGCCAUUAUAA